AUGACCAAACGCCCCAACUUUCUCAUCAUCGUCGCAGACGAUCUAGGGUUUUCUGAUGUGGGAUGCUUUGGCGGCGAAAUUCGUACGCCGAAUAUUGAUCGAAUCGCCCAGGAAGGGCUACGAUUCACAGAUUUUCACGCGGCGGCAGCAUGCUCUCCCACUCGAGCCAUGAUCAUGACCGGUACAGACCAUCAUAUCGCGGGUCUGGGAAACCUGAUUGAGUGGACCAACAUCUCCGGUCAAAAUGGCCCCAAGGGCUCCGCCAUGAGUACGGCACCACAGCGAGGAAUGCCCGGUUACGAGGGCUAUCUGAAUGAACGCGUCGUCGCACUGCCCGAGCUCUUACGAGAUGCGGGCUAUCAUACGGUCAUGUCGGGGAAAUGGCAUCUGGGGCUGACUCCCGAGCGAUCUCCUCACAAGCGUGGCUUUGUACGCUCGUUUGCCCAUCUACCUGCCUGCUCCAAUCAUUAUGCCUACGAGCCUCAGCUUCGGGACGAGGACCAUAUUCCCACUUUCAUCGAGGCGAGUUAUAUUGCGCUGCACAUGGAAGAUGGCUCAUAUGUGCGUCAUCUGCCCGAGGGGUGGUACUCGUCUGAUGGCUAUGGGGACAAGAUGGUGGAUUAUCUUCGUGAAUGGAAGGAGAGUGGAGGGAGCUCCGGUCCCGGUGGCCAGGCAGAUCGCCCGUUCUUUGCUUAUCUUCCCUUUACAGCGCCGCAUUGGCCCUUGCAGGCUCCACGGGCGUAUAUUGACCACUACCGGGGAGUCUACGAUCAAGGGCCGGAUGUUCUUCGCGAGAAACGCCUGCAGCGACUCAGAGAGCUGGGGCUGGUGCGCCAAGAUGUGGUUCCUCACCCCGUGGAUGCUGAUGAGGUCAAAAGCUGGGAAGAAUACACGCCCGAGGAGAAGAAGAAAUCAUCCACGGCCAUGGAAGUCUUUGCGGGCAUGGUAGAAUGUAUCGACCACAACGUGGGCAAGGUCGUCGACUACCUGCGGGAGAUUGGAGAGCUCGAUAACACGUUCGUCUGCUUCAUGUCUGACAAUGGCGCCGAGGGUGCGGCCUAUGAAGCCUACCCCAUGGUCAAGAAUGGAGUCAUGCCGCAUCUCCAGAAAUACUACGACAAUAGUCUCGAGAACCUGGGCAAUGGCAAUUCCUUCAUCUGGUAUGGCCCUCGCUGGGCACAGGCUGCCACGGCGCCAUCUCGUCUGUACAAAGCCUACACCACCGAGGGCGGAGUUCGCGUUCCGUUUACUUGCCGGUUUCCAAAACACAUAAACAUCCAGCCGGGCGAUACCACGCCUGCAGCAGGUGGUAUUACCGAUCAAUUCGCCACCGUCAUGGACCUGGCACCUUCCAUCCUCGAGAUGGCCGGUGUCCAGCACCCAGCACCGGGCACCUACCAAGGCCGAGAAGUUGUCACGAUGCGAGGGCGCAGUUUCUAUCCCUGGGCCACAGGGUCGACCGAACGGAUCCAUCCCACCGAUUUCAUCCAGGGCUGGGAGACCUGCGGUCGGGCUGCUCUUCGCUGCGCCGAUUGGAAGAUCGUCUUUAUCCCCAAGCCCAAGGGCCCCGAACGCUGGCAGUUGUACAACCUGGCGCAGGAUCCCGGUGAAAUCAACGACUUGGCGGACCGGGAGCCCGACAUUCUGCAGAAGCUUUUGAAGCUGUGGGACCAAUAUGUGAUUGAAACGGGGGUGAUCCCACUAUGUCCUGAUCUGGGUGACUUCUUGGAAGCGACAGAUGCACAGAUGCCGGAGAAUGCGUGGAUGGAGUUUGAUUAUUGGAAACAGGGUGCGCGAGAUGAGCCGGAGAAGUUUACUCGUCAGCCGCCUAGGUUUCAACGAGUAGUCAGGCAGUUUUAA